ACACACUGGUGUAAGCGGUGCCUACCCAGGGCCAUGGCUUGGUGUUCUCCGGCAAGCCAAUACCAUGUGGGCCCAGCCUGCUGGGUCCAUUGCCAAUGCGAUCUCAGCGCAGCCCCUCACACCCCGUGUCCCCCGGCCGAGCGCGCUUGGCGGGGCUGUUCACCCUGUCCAGUCCCCGUGGAGCAGGGGCGGUGCGGAGACGUGCCAGCUCCUAAGGAGCCGAGCGAAGGCCUAGGACUAUAACACAGGCGCCUCCCACCGAAGGACCCGCAAAGGGGCCUGUGUGGCCCUGCGGGGAGGGCCGCGGCGCCAGGGAGCUGGGCCCGGGGCUGCGGAACGGGCCGCUUCCUGGUUCCAGGCGGGCCGGGGGCGGCAUCAGCCCGGCGACAUGCACAGCAGCAGCAGCCUGGGCGCGAUACGAGAGUUAUCGGGGCGCGCGGCCUCGGUCCUGCAGGGAUGCAGACUGGUUCCCAGCACCCAUCUCCCUGUUACAAGACAGUCAUGGUUGUGUGUCUUUCCAUCUGCUGGAUCGCCUGCCUCUUUCUGCCCUCUGUUAAGCAGUGGGCCUAGACUAGCGUCCGUGGCCCCAUCAGAAUGGAGAGGUGGGGGCUUGUCCUCUUCUGGUUGGGAGCAGGAUAGCAAUGAGCCAGCACCCAGUGGAAAGCUCCUGGAAGCUGUCCGUCUGUCCCUGGCGGCACAGCAGAGACAAGCUGAUAUAGGGAACUCGGAGCUGGGGAAGAUGUUGAAUUCAUUCUCUGACAUGGGAUUCAGUAACGCCCAGAUAAUGCAGCUGUUUGGGUUGCAGCCCAGGCUGGCUCCUCAGACACGGCUGGCGGUGGUUUCCGAGCUCCUCCUGUUGGGCUUGGAUGCUGACUCCACGCUGAAGGUCUUGCAGAAGAGCCCUGAAGUGCUAAGGAUGACAGCCCAGCAGCUGAGGCAUCGUGCAGACUACCUGCGGAGACUGGACCUCGGAGAAGGGAACCUGCAGCAUGUGGUGAGCCACUGCCCCAGUAUCUUCACCUUGUCCUGGAAGAAAAUAGAUGCAGUGGUGCGGGUGUUCAAGGAGAAGUGUAUUUUCACAGUGGAUCAGGUGACAGAGAUUCUGCAUCACUGCCCCAAUGUCCUGUUGGAGGAACCGCAUGACCUGGAAUACAAAUUCCAGUACGUGUACUUCAGAAUGGGAGUAAAGCACAAAGCAGUGGUGAAAUCUGGUCUCUUCCGAACUCCAAUAGCUGAGGUCAAGAACCGGCACAUCUUCUUAGAGCGCCUGGGGCUUUAUCAAACCCCUGACAAGAAAGGCCAGACCCAGAUCGUCAACCCGAAACUGAAGGAGAUCAUCCAAGUCUCAGAAGGGGACUUCCUGGCCAAGAUAGCCCACUCCUCCCUGGAGGAGUUUGAGGUCUUUAAGAAGCUGCUGGCUCGGGAGGAGGGAGAGGGAGUUCAGGAUAUAGCAUCUGAAGAGAGAGACUCAGCCAGCGAAGGGGAAGGGGAAAUGUCUGACAGUGAGGAAGGAAACUGAACUCUUACCCCCAAGCUUCAGUAAGGAUUUGACCAAAGAGUCAUUGGUGGAACCAGCUGCUGGGGUUACCACACAUCUUGGCUGCUCCUAGACCUGUGUGCAUCUGACCUGUGUGUUUAAUGGUGCUGCCAUGACAUCACUAGUUCGAAAACAUUCACUGGACACAGGUUCCCCUGGGCCACAGCCUGGGGCUUGGGGGAGGCAGUUCUGUCCUUGUUUUCCUCAGUGAGCUGAGGCCUCUAUUUCAGGUGGCUGUGUAAAACCAAUAAAGCUCAGACCCUUCAGGAAGCGAG